GCCGAUAGAGGCCUGUUGACAACACGUCAGACACAUACGUCCAGAAUUAAAACUGUCGGCCCGGCUACAGCUCCGUCGCAAAGCAGCCCGCCGAGUAAUCUCCACAGUUUCGUAAGGGCGAUAAGGGUUACUUUGACCAGAAUUGAAAAUGGUUUGUUCCUUUCCGGAUUACGGAUAAUACAGAAUGAAUCGGGAUUAACUGACGAACAGUCGGCGCUAUUCAACUUCCAGUCCGCACUUCUUGUGCUCCUACUCAUAAUUUGCACCAGCGCAUACUGUCAUCAGCUUUUUCCGUCAUUUAUGGACAGGAAUAAGACUUCCCCUAUAUGGGGAUCUUUCUGGAAAGCUGCGCGCGUUGGUGAGCGACUAAGCCCCUACAUUAGUGUGUGUUGCUUGAUAUUUGCCGUGCGUAUCCCACUAUUAUCAAUAAAAAUACAAAGAAUAACCAGAAUAGGUACGAAUGUUCAUUGGUACUUAGAGUUCCCAGCACAGUAA